CUUAAUCUGUCUUAAAAAUUAGGCGAACAAACACCAAACAAUAACAUGGCUAUUUAUUCAACCAAUUGCGAUGAUACUUAUAAAUGACAACGAGGCUGGCAGUGAGAGUUGCGAUGUAAUUCACAUUCUCUAUUCAUAACAUUGGACUCAUGACUCCAGCAUCAAUGCAAGCUCUUAUUGUUGGAAAGGUAUCACACAAGGUAACGCUGGAUACCACACGUUCGGUUCCUAAGCCUUCUGCCGAUCAAAUUCUAGUGAAGGUCGCAUACGCAGCACAAAAUCCUCCUGAUGCAUAUGUCCUUGACCCCGAUCUUUCAGCUGCCUAUCGCAAUGAAGAGAAUGUCAUAGGAACCGAUUUUGCCGGCACAGUUGUGAAAAGCCACUCAACAUUGGUCCCGGUUGGAUCUCGAGUGUGUGGUUGGGUACCCGGCAACAUCACGGAUAUUGGCUCUUUUGCAGAGUAUCUUGUUACGGAUGCUAAUCAGGUUAUUCAAGUACCAGACAAGAUGUCUCUUGAUGAAGCUUCCACCAUAGGCUUGAGUUUCAUGACAGCCGUUCAUGCUCUUUCGUCAUGCCUCGGGCUCCCCUUGGAACCAAGAUCUUCUGACCCUGUUCAAGACCCAAAGCCUGUUCUCGUCUGGGGUGGAAAUACUGCUUGUGGUAACUUUGCCAUCCAGAUUCUCAAAAAUACCGGCUAUCAUGUUAUUACGACUGCUUCAAGCAACGCUCGCGAAAAGCUUCAGAAACUAGGAGCAGACGUUGUAUUGCCACGAAACGAUCCGGAAAAGACUGCUACUGAGGUGCGUACCUUAUAUCCUCACCUCGCCCAUGCACUCGACUGUUUCGCAUCGUCCGAGUCGGCGGCUGCCUGCGCUCAUGCACUCGGGGAGAAAGGUGGUCAUGUACACACACUGCUACCCAUCGAGCAACACUUUCCAAAUGUUCGCACCACAUUUGCUUUGGUGCACUCAACAUUGGGCCGGCCAACGAGCGUGUUCGUUUUAAUGACCGAAAAGCCUACUGCAAAUCAGUUAGCGACAGAUCGACAGCUUGCAACGCAGUGGUGUAGUUUUGAUAAAGGUCACGCUUACAAGCUCUUGAACGAAGGUCGUCUCCUUCCAACAGCAAUUGUCAAAUGGGAUGGGGGAUUGGCGCAAGUCCAGAGUGGCAUUGACGCGAUGCUCCGAGGUGAUAUUGCCGGUGCGAAGAUCGUUCACUCCAUCUGUCCGCAGGAAGCUUGAAGCUUCAAGCAAUAUGAUCAAAGCAUUUUUUAAUGGCCGGCUUGCACGCCUAUGUUUCUCUACCUCUGCGCAUGGUCGCAUAGUUGAAAAAUGUAUCGUUGAAAUAACACGAAAUUUAGGAUAGCAACGCUGAAAGUCUUGUCUUUGGACUACUUCGUGUUGUAGAAAACUCCCCUGCACUUAUAUGUAUCAAUUCCAUCAGGGCACAGAGAAUAUCCUCGUUCAAUUCAUAAAUGAUUUCUUAUUCAAUACCGUUAUUAUUAUCAAAUUGAUUGUUGACUUAAAUAAAAUAUAAGAAGAUC